AUGCGUGAGAUACCAGAAUGUUUGAAUCGCCGUUAUCAGAUGUUGGACAAAUUAGUCAAGGACUUGAGUUCUGCCGGGCCUCCCGAAGAUGCGGUCUCACCGCAACCCAGUACGGCGGGCAACGACGUCGGUGUCAAGUUAAUGUGUGAUUUCUGGAACAUUCUGAAAGAAGACCCAGAAUGUGACCUACCGCAAGAAGUACAUCAGCGCCUAUGUGGUAGGGACAGCGUGGGAUUAUAUGGUCCCCAGCAAGUAGAGUGUUACCUAGCCUGCAAGAGUAAGUCGAAGGAGAACCUCGCAAGGCAGAAGCAAGAUGCAGCCAUGCAGAGAGUCAAACGGAUAACUGUCCCUAAAGAAGGAAAAGUAAAACCUACCUGCCCCGAAAUAUGCCAGAAUGAUGGUGAAAAGUUACCGCUCACUCAAGUUUUGUUCAAUAUUAAAGAGGCGGCCUCGUUCGAUAAGAAAUGCCACGUGCGACUUGAAGAGCUCAUGUUAACUCAAAAAGAACUCGUGGAGCAAAUUCAAAAUUUGGAAGAAAGGGAAAGACAGGGCAUGGACCUGUUGAAACAGGCUGAUUGCAUGUGGUGCUGUAUGGAAGAGUCGUACAAGAAGAAAAUAUUGGAAUCUCAAAAUAGAUACAAAGUGUUGAUGGCAGAGAUGAAAGAAAUAGAGGCGAGUUGUAUCAAAUGGAGGAAGCAUAAGAAAGAUCUGGAAUUUCAAUUAACGAAUAUAAAUCAUUGUGGCGAUGACAUCAAAGAGAAAUUAUAUCAGAAGAAUAACGACCUUAAAGUUAUGGGUAUGGAGAUUGAAGAAUUUAAGAGAAGAAUUGCAAGUAAUACUAAGGAUUUGGAUGUUGCUAAGAAUUCGUAUAGAUCGAAGAGAGAAGCUUCUGAUGGAAGAAUGGCAACUAUGGCCUCUAAAAUGAAGAAACUUCAACAAAAGAUUGCAUUGGAAAAGAAAGCUAAAAUAGAAAAAGAGAAUGAAGGUUCAAGUUACGUGAAAGAAGCGAGAGAUGAUUUACAAAAAAUUUGUAGACUCCUUUUACAGAAGAAACUUGAAAGUGAAGAUCUACUUGCUGAGAAAGAGGCGUUAUUUCAAGAGAUUGAUCUUCUCAAGCAGACCUGGGAUACUUGUAAAGAAAAAUGUAAGAAAAAAGAAAAAUCCCUGGCCGACGAACUGGCGAAAAUUGAUAAAGAGUUGACCACAUUUCGGGUGAAAUGCAUAAAAUGUCAUCAAUGUGUUGACACUUCAGAUGUUAGGAAAUACUGUACCGAUUGUCCAAGAUGUUUAGCAGAAAGGGAAUGUUUGUAUUCAGCCGAUCAUUGCAGUCCUGACCAUUCCAUGGAUUGUGUUUGCAUGAGCGUAAAACAGAAAUUUUUGGACAAUGUUUUUGAAAACAUGUACACAGUUUUGGAGAGACAAACUAAAACUUGUCCCGGGAAAGCUGUUGCUGAUUGUGUGUUGAAUUGUUUGAAGAGAAGCCGCAAUGGGAAACUGAAUCAGGAAACCAGGAGAGUACUGCAAGAUUUUAUACUGAGUACUGUGAAGAAGAAUUUGAAUUUAACAAUUGUCGGUGGAGCGGUGAAGACAAGAUGCGAGAUGGACUCAGAAACUUACAAGCAAUUGAUGUUGUGUCUCAAAGACGUUACUGUAACACGUCCAGUGAAACAAGAUAAGGGCACAGGGGCUAAAAAGGAACCGUGUAAUCGCUGGGGUGGAACUACUGAAUGUAAUUGUCCAAAAGGUCCUAAAGCCUGUGUCUGUAAUAAAGCUCCAAAACCACCAACUGACCCUUCUUCUUGUGGACUACAGCCACCAGAUGAGGAUCCGAAGUCUUGUGAGACAACGUGUCCACUACGAGAGUCGCAGGCGUGCAGCACAGACUGUGGUAUGUUGGGGAUGCCGGGUGCGCCGGAAAACUGGCGACGCGAGCCAUGCGCCGGCCCGAGCUGCCCAUUCUCCAAGAAUAUGCGAGCCGCUCAGUGUGUUCUGGGGCCCGAGCCGCUCUCCCCAGCGCAGAAGGCUCACCCCGUGCCACCAAACAUACCAAAGAAGUCACUACAAGAGAAACCGGCUACAUGCACUUGUGGAAGCAAGGUGAUAAAACUAUGCCCAUGUCAUAAAGAUACAAAACAACUGAAAGCAGAAGUUACAGAAAGUUGCAAUAAAAGUUCAUAUGCAAACUAUCGAAAAAUAAAAAAAGAUACCCAGAAACUUGAGUUGUCCCGGCAAAUAUCUGCUGAUUCUAAAUUAAUUCCUAAAGGCCAAAAUAAAGAGAGUAGCACAAUACAGAAAACUAAAAGUAACGUUACUCGAAGUGAAAAUAAUAAUAAAGACCAAUUUAAGGUAGCUAUUGAAAAUAAAAGUGGGCUGUCAAAUAAUCAAUUUACUGAACUUAAACACACAAAUUCUGGCAGGCUAGCGAUGGAGCUAGAUGAACACUUAAUAGACAUGAUAGAAAAAAAGAGUCAUGAAGAUUCUUCUUUAUUCAUUUCGAUAAGAAAGACCACAUCCGAUAAUCUUUUAGUAGAUUUUAAUACAAAAGAAAACGAGACUGACAAUACUCACAAAGUAACAAUAAGACGAACAUCUUCUGGAACUAGACUGUUAGAUAUUCAUAAAAAUGUAAUACAUCUUCUAAAAGGGUCGUUAGCUAAUAAGUCAGAUACUAAUAUACCGAAAACUAUUAAAUUAGCCACAAGUCCUAAAGAACAAGACAGUUCCAUUCAGGUAAUUAAAGAUAAAGUGGAGGUUACUGCUUCUCAGCCGCAUGACAGAAACUUAGGGAAGCAAAUAAGACAGCAGAAAGAAGAAACCACGAUUGAGCUAAAAAAAGACAUGGAUUCCCGUAAAGAUAUUAUUUCGUCAACCAAGUCAGAGUUACAGAGUUUAGAAGAAUUGAAAUUGAAAAAACUUCAAAGAACGGACAAAAUAGAACGUCAGAAGUUACCUAGGCAACACAGUUCAUUUGUAUUUGACUUUAGAUCACAAUUAAAGAAAUUAUAUAAAAAAGGAAAUACAGAUGUCGCAGUCCAGAUCAAAGGAAAGGACGGUGUAGUCCAGACGUUUUCCACAGUUGUUACUAAAACAACGUCAGGUACUAUAGCUAUUUAUGUUGAUAACAUGACUUCUCUGAAACAUAUAAGUUUUAUAGAUAAUGAGUAUCCGGUACUUUUGUCUAAGAUAACUUCUAAAAGUUAUUUUGUAAACUUCGAUAAGGAUGGUCAAGUUUACAAUGCAAUCACUAGAAAAACUCCAUCUGGAGGAAUGUUAGUAAUCCCUGAAUCAAGAACAUUUAUUGAAAUGCAUAGUAAGAGUCAUACAAAUGAUCGUGAAUUAAAACUUACAAUAAUUGGCUUGCAAACUCAUCCGUUAGAACUUCCCGCAAUUUUACAAAUAACACCAUCACGAAAUUAUAUAAUCGCUUUAAACAAAAACAAUGACAAUGGUAGAAAAAAACAUUUAAAUGAAUUUAUGCGGGACAAAAAAGACGUUAUAGUUAAUUUGCAUAAAAAAGAUUCAGAGAAUUAUAUAAUUGAUUUGAAUACCGAUGACGAACGUCAUUUGAUGAAACAAAAAGCCUUGAUUUAUAAAUCAUCAUCGGGUGAUGUAAAAGUAUUAAUCCAAAAAGAUACCUUUGAAUCAAUAGAUGACUUGGUUUCAUUAGAUAGUUUAUCUAACAGUUAUCCACAUAUAAUUGGAAAAUUGCCUGCUUCAAGCAGGGAAAUUCACCGAGGAAAUCUUAGAAAAUCAAAAAACUUGGACAAUAAAGUCAGCAGCGAUACACAAGUUUAUGACAAUUUCAAAGUUCAGGACAAGAGAGGAAUAACUACAGAACCUCCAACUUUUCUAAAAAAGACAGAAUCAGGAAAAUACGCUGUGAUUUUAGAUAAAGAGUCAAAAAAGACAUUCAUACAUAACUUACAGAGCUUUUUAUCAACUAAUUCAGAAGGACUCAUUCCAAUUAGAAGAUCAGAUUCUGGAGAUAUAAUUAUAGAUCUUAAUAGUGGUAACAAAUCUAAAGGACCUAAGGGUACAUUGAAAAUAACUCCAUCUGGAAAUAUCUAUGUGAUUGUUGACGAAGAGAUCAUCAAAACCAUGGCUGAACAAGUUAAAAAGAAGAAUGCAUCGACUGUAGGCACGAGAUCGCAGCAGGUUACAGACUUAAUCGUCUCUGUUAGUAAAGCAAUUGCAACAACAUGCAAUGCUCAUCCAGAAGAUUGUGACUGCGAUGCAUCUAAAUGCGUUUGUUCGGAUUUACGAUUAGACACAUUUGAUUGGUUAACUGGUUUUAAACCGACAAAAACGAAACCAUCUAACUGGAAAAAGGCGCAUCGCAAAGCUGGCUGCUCUCAUUCAAAGAAACGGAAUGUGGUUGUGAAAUCAAGUUCCAGAGAUAAGUCACCACAUAUUGUUAUUAAACCGAACUGUGACUUAGAGUCCAAGUCCAAAAAUAGUGAAUCAACGAAGCAGUGUUACUUUUUAGUUGAUUCAGUAUGCCCGUACCAUCAAAAUAGAUAUGACGGUGUAUCCAAUGAGAUAUUGGAAAUUACAGGAUUAUGUAACCCACAGAAAAAAUCGAGUAAAAAUAGAAUUGAGUUUGAAGCAAUAAACAAUUUACCAAAUAAAACAAAAGGACAUCUGGUAUGGGAUUCUUUAAAUAAUUUACCACCGCAGCUGCCACCCUUUUUAUAUUUUGACUAUCGCUAA